AUGGCCUCGGCUUUAACUGGACAACAAGACUACAAAUGCAUCGCAGAAAAGUAUUCAAAGAACAAUGCUAUCCAGAUUAAACUAGGUCAACAGUUUGUAUCCCUUCUUGAGCUCGGUUAUGGCCAGAAAGUGUUGGAUAUGGGCUGUGGGACGGGGGAGCUGACGGCAUACACUGCAAACCAAGUUGGUUUUGAAAACGUAUUUGGCGUCGACCCCGAUCCAAACAGAGAAGUGACAGAGUUGAAAUUGCUAUUCAAACUGCGAGAAACAUCAGUUUUACAGUGGGAAACAGUUCGAGCGUGUUCCCGCAUUCCGACGAAGAAUUCUACGAUGUCUUCUUCAGUAAUUUUGUGUUUCACUGGUUAAACACACACGAGAAGGAAGAAUAUCUCAAUAGAGCAGUAAAGUGCCUCAAGCCCGGCGGUCGACUAGCUAUCCAUUCCGCUGAUGACUGGCCGCAGCCUAUUGCGGCAUUACUAGAAAUGGCAGUAGCAGUCAGCGCUAUGAAACCAGCGCCGUAUUUUGUGGGAAGAACCGCAGUAGAUUCUAUGUGUAAAGAACUUGGCUUUAAAAUUCUUACCAGCGAGACUCUUUUCUAUGAAUAUAAGUUUGCAAGCGUCGAGUCGUUCUUGGCGUGGACAUGCGCUACAUUCUAUAUUGACGAAUCAAAGUUUUCCUCACUGGUUGAGAAGGAACGUCUGAUGAAAUUCUCGGACAAAGACGGAUCGGUUUGUUUUAAACAAAAGGCAUAUCGAAUUGUUGGAAAGAAAUUGAACACGGUUUGAGAAAUAAUAUUUAUUUUUACCAUGCAAACCCACCUAUCAAUGUUAACCCCGAGGGUGGGGGGGUCGGGCAAGGGGUGGGGAUUUGACAUUUUUACAGAAAAAAAUGUCAAAUGCCACUCCCUCGGGACAAAAGUCCUGGGCAAAAUUCCCCACCCCCGGGAUGAAAUUGUAUUCCUGAAGUAUUUGGGUUUCUGAUGCACUCUAUAUGUCAGGUGAUAGGGAAAUGA